GCAGAUUUUAAACUGAUGUGUGAUAAUGCUAUGACUUACAACAGACCUGAUACGGUGUAUUACAAGCUAGCCAAGAAGAUACUGCACACAGGCUUUAAGAUGAUGAGCAAACAGGCAGCUCUUCUGGGCGAUGAAGACACAGCAGUUGAGGAACCUGUCCCUGAAGUUGUUCCUGUACAAGCAGAGACUACCAAGAAAUCCAAAAAGCAAAAUAAGGAAGUUAUUAGUUGCAUAUUUGAACCUGAGGGGAAUGCGUGCAGCCUGACAGAUAGCACUGCUGAAGAACAUGUCCUGGCACUAGUGGAACAUGCCGCGGAUGAAGCUCGGGAUAGGAUUAAUCGCUACCUACCCAACAGCAAGAUUGGUUAUCUGAAAAAAAAUGGAGGUGGAACUCUAUUAUUUAGUGUAGUAAACUCAUCUGAUCCAGAAGCAGAAGAGGAAGAGACUCACCCAGUGGAUCUGAGUUCGCUGUCAAGCAAAUUAUUGCCUGGCUUCACUACACUGGGCUUUAAAGAUGAUCGAAGAAAUAAAGUAACCUUUCUUACCAGUGCUAGUACAGCGCCUUCCAUGCAAAACGACUCUAUAUUUCAUGAUCUGAAAUCAGAUGAAAUGGAACUCCUGUACUCGGCCUAUGGUGAUGAAACUGGGAUACAGUGUGCCUUAAGCUUACAAGAAUUUGUGAAGGACGCUGGAAACUACAGCAAGAAAAUAGUAGAUGAUCUUCUGGACCAGAUCACUAGUGGAGAUCAUUCCAAAACUAUUUAUCAGCUAAAGCAGAGGCGAAACAUCCCAGUAAAACCACUGGAUGAAGUUAAAGUUGGGGAAUCUGCUGGAGACAGUAGCACUUCUGACUUGGAUUUUCUCUCGAUGAAACCAUAUUCAGAUGUGUCUCUUGAUAUUUCUAUGUUAAGUUCGUUAGGGAAAGUGAAGAAGGAGCUUGAUCAUGACGAUAACCAUUUACAUCUGGAUGAAACAACCAAGCUGCUGCAGGACCUUCACGAAGCUCAGGCUGACAGAGUGGGAUCCCGGCCGUCAUCUAAUUUGAGUUCCCUCUCCAAUACCUCUGAGAGAGACCAGCAUCACCUUGGAAGUCCUUCUCAUCUGAGUGUUGGAGAACAGCAAGACAUGGUUCACGAUCCUUAUGAAUUUCUUCAGUCUCCAGAAACCUCAAAUGCCGCUACUAACUAA